AUGGCAUCAGUCGCUGAGAGCUCUUUCCCUCUUCUGUGUCAAAUCAAGAGCCAGCGCCGAGUCACUUCGUCUACGCUUCGGAAUUCGAGUGUUGUUCGAGUGUCUUCUCCUGAUUUCGCUUCUGGGUCGCUCUCAUUUCGUGCCCGGAGCUUCGUUCUGGGACAUCGAUGGAAGUUUGCGAGCUGCGUGGAGGCUACGGGCCCAGAUUCUUCUAAACCGGCGAGUGGAGAUGAGCCAGAGGACGCGCUUCAAGCUACCAUUGAGAAGAGCAAGAAGGUUCUUGAUAUGCAAAGGAACCUUCUUCAGCAGAUUGCUGAAAGGAGGAAGCUGGUUUCGUCUAUUAAAGAGAGCACACCUAAUUUGGAUGAUGGUAAAGUUUCUUCCAAAGAAGAGUAUGAUUCUUCUGUGAAUGCAAAUACUGAUGAAACUAAGGAAGAUAAGUUGGAUGGAGACGCAAACGGUAGUCUUAGCGCAAUCAGCAAUGCCAAGUCAUCUUUAUACAAAGAAAAGAGCAAACAAAGCUCACCAUCUGUGAAAUCUUCCUCCCCUGUAACCGCUCCUGAGAAGCCGUCCAGUGUAGCCAGUAAUGGGAAACCUUGGUCUAGCGUAGUAGACUCCAGUCUAGAUCCUCCUUAUAAACCAUCUUCUACUAUGAUCUCCUCUGAGAAAGCUUCUGAUCCUGUAACUUCUCCUGGUAAAUCUCGCGCUGGUGCAUUUUGGUCAGACCCUCUACCGUCUUACCUGACUAAAACACCUGAAACAUCAAGUGUAAAGACAGAGGAGUACAUGGAAACGAGAGAGGAGAAAAAACCUCAAGAAGCUAGUAGUGAAACUAAUGAACCUGGGAGGGACGAGGACAAGCCGCCUCCACUGGCUGGACCAAAUGUCAUGAAUGUGAUAUUGGUAGCUGCAGAGUGUGCUCCAUUUUCCAAAACAGGUGGCCUUGGGGAUGUAGCUGGGGCUUUGCCAAAGGCUUUGGCUCGGCGUGGACAUAGGGUUAUGGUUGUGGUUCCUCGGUAUGCAGAGUAUGCUGAAGCCAAAGACUUGGGGGUGCGGAAGAGAUAUAAGGUGGCCGGGCAGGAUAUGGAAGUACAAUACUUCCAUGCAUAUAUUGAUGGUGUGGAUUUUGUUUUCAUUGAGAGCCCUGUGUUUCGGCAUCUGAGUAAUAACAUUUACGGUGGAAACCGACUUGAUAUCUUGAAACGGAUGGUUUUAUUUUGCAAGGCUGCUGUUGAGGUUCCUUGGUAUGUUCCUUGUGGAGGUGUGUGUUAUGGAGAUGGAAAUUUGGCUUUUAUAGCAAAUGACUGGCACACUGCGUUGCUUCCGGUAUACCUGAAAGCCUAUUACCGAGAUCACGGAUUAAUGAAAUACACACGAUCUGUCCUUGUAAUCCAUAACAUUGCUCACCAGGGUCGUGGACCGGUAGAAGAUUUCUCCUGCGUGGAUUUACCGAGCCAUUACCUGGAUAUCUUCAAGCUAUAUGACCCUGUGGGAGGUGAGCACUUUAACAUUUUUGCGGCUGGUCUAAAAUCUGCGGAUAGAGUUCUCACUGUUAGCCAUGGAUAUUCCUGGGAGGUUAAGACCUUAGAAGGAGGUUGGGGUCUGCAUAAUAUCAUUAAUGAAAACGACUGGAAGUUUGGUGGGAUUGUGAAUGGGAUUGAUACAAAAGAAUGGAACCCAAGAUUUGAUCUUCACUUGCACUCUGAUGAGUAUACCAACUACUCCUUGGAGACUCUUCACAUUGGUAAACCCCAAUGUAAAGCUGCAUUGCAGAAAGAGCUCGGUUUACCUGUUCGGCCUGAUGUUCCGCUGAUUGGUUUUAUCGGAAGAUUGGAUCACCAGAAAGGUGUUGAUUUGAUAGCUGAGGCACUUCCAUGGAUGAUGAGUCAGGAUGUUCAGCUGGUUAUGUUAGGCACAGGGAGACCGGAUCUUGAAGAAGUGCUCAGACAAAUGGAGCAUCAGUACCGAGAUAAAGCACGAGGAUGGGUUGGUUUCUCGGUUAGAACAGCUCACAGAAUAACAGCUGGUGCAGACAUUUUGCUGAUGCCUUCCAGAUUCGAACCGUGCGGUCUAAACCAGCUUUACGCAAUGAACUAUGGAACCAUUCCGGUGGUCCAUGCCGUGGGAGGGUUGAGGGAUACGGUUCAACAGUUUGACCCGUAUAGUGAAACAGGUCUAGGUUGGACAUUUGAUAGCGCGGAAGCAGGUAAGCUGAUUCAUGCCUUGGGAAACUGUUUGUUGACGUACAGAGAGUAUAAGGAGAGUUGGGAAGGGCUUCAGAGAAGAGGAAUGUCACAAGAUUUAAGCUGGGAUACUGCUGCAGAGAAGUACGAAGAAGUUCUUGUUGCUGCUAAGUAUCAAUGGUGA